AUGUACACUGACCAUCAGGGCACUGAUGAUCAGUGUGCCCUGAUGAUCAGUGUAGCCCCAGCAGUGCCACCUGUCAGUGCCUAUCAGUGCCUACCAGUGCACAUAAAUGCCACAUAUCAGUGCCCAUCUGAGCUCCCUUUCAGUGCCACCUAUCAGUGCCCGUCAGUGCCACCUAUCAAUGCCAUCAGUACCGCCUAUCAGUGCCACCUAUCAGUGCCAUAUAUAAGUGCUGCACUUCAGUGCCCAUCAGUGAUGCCUGUCAAUGCCCAUCAGUGCCACCUACUAGUGCCUCCUCAUCAGUGCAACCUAUCAGUGCCCAUCAGUGCAGCCUAUCAGUGCCCAUCACUGCAGCCUCAUUAGCGCACAUCAGUGA